AUGAUAAUUCGGGACAGUGCAGACCUCUGCUAUCCACAUCUCUACAAUAACUCCUGCAAAAAACCUUCAUUGCCCUGGACUGAAGUUGUUCCUGUUCAGAUCACACUAGCCUUAAUCUCUAUGAUCACCGUGGCUCUCAACCUGCUUGUAAUCAUCUCGGUCUCCCACUUCAGGCAGCUCCACACACCCACUAACAUCCUCCUCUUCUCUCUGGCUGUGUCAGAUUUGCUCGUGGGGUUCAUAUCAAUGCCAGGGGAAAUCUACCAAAAUACAAGCUGCUGGUUUCUUGGUGAUAAUAUUUGUUUUUUAUACAAUUAUUUGUGCUAUAUUAUUCCCUCCACCUCAGUAGGGGAUAUGGUGCUCAUAUCAAUUGAUCGUUAUGUGGCUAUUUGUGACCCUCUGCAUUACCAAACUAGAGUCACUAAGAGAAGGGUCAAAGUCUGUGUCUGUCUGUGUUGGCUCUGUUCAGUUGUCUACAACAUUUUAUUUCUAAAAGAUGAUCUGAUUCAAGCAGGAUGGAAUAACUCCUGCUAUGGAGAAUGUGUAACUGCUGUUGAUUUAAUUUCAGGAACUUUUUAUCUUGUUUUUACAUUUUUUGCUCCAGUUACCAUCAUCAUAGUCCUAUACAUGAAAGUAUUUGUGGUCGCUGUGUCUCAGGCUCGUGCCAUGCGCUCUCACAUUACAGCCGUUAAACUGCAGCAUUCAGUUAAAACAAUAGCAAAGAAAUCUGAGCUGAAAGCAGCGAGGACUCUUGGUGUUCUUGUUGUUCUGUUUCUAAUAACUUUCUGCCCAGCUUACUGUGUCUACCUUGCAGGGGUUGAAUCAUUCAGUGAUUCCUCUGUGUUUGCAGUGGAUUUUCUGUUCUAUUUUAACUCCUGUGUAAACCCUGUGAUUUAUGCCCUAUUCUAUCCUUGGUUUAGAAAAACAGUAAAACUCAUUGUCACCCUACAAAUAUUGAAGCCUGGCUCCUGUGAGACCAUAAUACAGUCAAUUAAUUAAAUAUAAAAAUAUCAAUUUUCCCCCCCAAAAUAGUAUCAAAAUAUCAUUGUAAUUUUCAGUGUUCAAAGCCACUUAGAUUACCAAAUGUUUUGAUGUUUUUUUAAUGUGUUAUGAGUUUUUUUUAUUUCCCACCUCAUCAUCUACAUUGAGGAAAUGAUUCUUCUCUUGAGAGAAAUCAUGCAGUGGUUGAUUGUAUGUUAUCAUUUCCCUUUUAACUUGCUUAAAGUUGUAUCUAUUGGGAAAUUCUAGCAGAAUCAUCACUUUCUUAAGCAAAAUUUAUAGAUUUUCUUGGAGAGCAGAUAACAGGAAUCAGCUUUUUGUUGGCCACCUAAAGUCUUUUCAUGUGUCUGCACUGUGUAUUCUAGCUUCUGUUAUUGUACCAGCUGACAUUUGUAAUGCUCUUGUUUCUUAAAUAUUGUUUA